AUGGCAUCUGCACCAACAACAGAAAGUCCUAUUCAUCCAAAUACUAGUACACAAUCUGAUAUUCAAGAAACUAAUCAUACACGAACAUUUGAUUUAAGAGUAGUACGAGAUGCUUUUGCUAAUUGUAUUCAGCCAGAUAAUACAUUGUUACUUCAUGAAUAUGUUCGAGCUUAUGAUGAAUUAUGCGUUUUUGUUGCUUCACUUGGAGCUGUUUUUGAAUGGGCAAUUAAAGAUUUAACUAAUAAAUUAGUUAUCCUUAGAGAACAUCAACGUCUUGAUCCAGUUAAUUAUCAAUCUAUACAAUCAAUGGUUGAUUAUGAAGUUAAAUCAGAACGUGUUAAAUCGAAAGAUACAACACUUCUUCUUGCAUCAGGAAAACCAUUACCAAAUGGUUGUCGAACAUUAUUGAGAUUACAUCGAGCACUUGCUUUUAUUGCAUCGUUUUUAAGUCAAAUGCGUUUGGCAGCAGAUGAUGAAAGUUCAGCAGCAAUUGCUUGGAAUGCUUAUUCAGCAACACUUGGACAUUUUCACUCGUGGCCUGUCAGACAUACAAUACAUGCUGCUAUUAAAUUGACUGUUCCUGAUCGUCGUACAUUGAUUGAUAAAUUACUCAAUAAACGAAAUCCUGAUGAAAUCGAAGAAUUAUCUGUUGAUAUUGUAAAAUCUUGCAAUAAAAUUGAAAGUACAACGCAGGAACUAUUUGAAAUGCAUCAUUUGACCAAAUUGCCUUAA